AUGACCUUAAGUACAUUACUAUUUGUUGGUGAACCAAUAUUUUUAAUUGACCAACAUUUUUCAUUAAUUGAUCCAAGUACAAAAAGAAUAUUUGCAGAUAAUAAAAUUAAAAAUGCAACUAGGAUUGGUAGUGAAUCAAAGUCAGUACUAGAGAUUGAAUUAGAUAAUAAUACAAAGAUUUUAGUAAAACCAUCAUUUCAAAUUCAAAUUACUGAACGUAAUACCUAUAGAUUUGCAACGGCACAUCAAUAUGGAAUUUUAACAAAUAACAAUUUAUCUAACUCCAAUGAAGAUAAAAAUCAAGAUGAUCUGGAAAUCAAUUCAAAUAAUAAUUCAAAUAAAAUAAUGUUUGAAAUUAAAAUAUCACCACAUUUAAUGACAAAUUUAUUAUUACCAUCAUCAUCAUCAUCAUCGUCUGCAAAUCAAAAUCAACAAAAUCAACAAAAUCAACAAAAUCAACAACAACAACAACAACAACAACAACAAAAUCAACAAUCAAUAAGUGAUUCAAAAAAAGAUAUAAAACAAUUAGAAAAGAAUUCUGAUAAAAUUUCAUCAUCAAUUUCAAUAAUUGAUUUAAAAUCUGAACAAUUACAACAUCAAAUUCAAAUUAAUGGUAGAGAUAAUACAACAAUUAAUAAUCUUUUUGAAUAUUUUAUAAAACCUGGUACUUAUGAAUUGAUAAAAGGUAGAAUGUCUGGAGUAUUAAAUAAUAUUGAAAUUGAAUCAAAACAAAAGAAUUACUCAAUCGAUAUUGAUUAUACCAAUGGAAGAGUUUAUAUAAAAUCAAUGAAUUCAUUCUUAGGUUUAAAUUCUACGUCAAUGGAUUUAGAAGAAUUUAAUAAUACCUAUGAAGUUGUAAUAUUUAAUACUCAUUCAAUUGCACAAUCAUUAAUUACCAAAGAGAAUUGUAAUGAUUUUAUAAAGAUUGAAUCAAGAUCAAAUCGUCGUGAAAAAACAUGGAAAUUAAUAAACGAUAGAAAAGAAUUAUUUAAAAAGGAAUUAACAAUUUCAAAAGAUAAUAUAGAGCUAUUUGAAUUUGUUAUUACAGAAUUUUGUACAAAAAGUAAAGAUAUUAAUUUAGAAUUUAUAAAUAAAAAGAAUCCAUACCUAUUAGAACCCUUGAAUGAAAUUUCUAAACUUUAUGAACAAAUUCAUUUAAAUAAAUCACCAAAAGAAAUUUUACAUCAAAUACUUUAUGAAUCACAUUAUCAAUUACUACUAGGUAAAAGAUUGCAUGAUCCUUUAACUCAUUUAGCAAAGAAAAUGGAUAUUUUCAAUACAACCAUUCUACAUAUUGAUUCAAUUUUAAAAGAUUCAAAAGAAACUGUUAUGGUAUUUGGUAAUUUUGAAAGUUGUAAAAGAAAAGUAAUUUCAUUCUUAAAAGAUAAUAAUUUAAAUAAUUCAAUCAUUGGUAAUGGUGGUUCUGCUGCAUCAAAUGCAAGUGGUGUAUCAAUAAUUAGCAAUGGUGGCGGUGGUGGUGGUGGUAAUGGUGGUAAUGGUAUGAGUUUAUCAUCAUCAUGUUCAUCAAUUUCAUCAUUCAUUUCAAAUUCACCAUCAAGUAUUGGUGGUAUUAAUCAUUCAAGUGGUGGUUGGUCAAAUUCAUUAUCGAUUCAAGAGAAUUUUUCAACUCAAGGAUUUCAAAUUUUUAAUUCACCAUUUAAAAAAUGGAUUAUUUUUAAGUGUCCAACAUUUAAUGAAAUUAGAAAUGAUAUAAAUUCAUCACAAUCAAUUGAUUAUAUAAUUGAAAGAUCAAAAUCAAUUAAAUGUUUAUUAAUUGUCAUUCCAUUUAAAGAGUUUUACAUUGAUAAUGGUAAUAAAGUCAUUGAAACCAUUGAAUCAUUUAAAGAAAGAUUUCCUACUACAUUUGAUCGUACAAAUCAUCCAGAAUCACAACAAAAUGUUCAAAUAAUUGUUUCUGGUAUUGAAGAAGUUUGUUCUAAUAGUGGUGGUGGUGGUGUAAUCUCAAAAAAUUGUAGAUUAUUACAACGUAUUAAACAAUUAACAGAUCAAGUUACAAAAACUAAAGAAAAACUAUUAUCAAAUAGUAAUACCAAUUCUAUAAGUAUUGAAUAUCAAAUUUGUUCAUGUUUAAAGAAAGAAAGUUUAUUUCAACAGCUAUUAGAGAUGGAAAAAAAUGGUCAAAUUCAUUAUUUUGAACAAUCAGUUUUUAAACGUAUACCAUUAUUAAAGAGUAUUGAUCAAUCAACUCCAUUUCCAAAGAAUCAAUAUAAAUCAACAAUGAAUAAUCCAAUAAUGCAAAAUCGUCUAUAUCAAAGUUUAGAGAUAUUUGCUUUAACUUGGACAAAUAUCUUAAGUAAAUUUUUACAUUCUGAACAAUUAAUUUAUCAACAAGAAUAUAACAAUUAUUUAAUUCAAUUAGAAAUUGAAAAAACUAAAACCAAAAUCGUUAAAACUACAAAUCAACUAUUUGAAUUACGUCAAAAAGAAGCAAUUUAUAAAAAAAACUUAAGAGAAUUAUUAAGAAUUAAAGAGAAUUCAUCAAAUCAAUCAGCUGAAAUUAAAAAUGAUUUAAUUAAACGUUCUCAUGAUAAAUGUAAAGAGAGAAUCUAUGCAUUACAAUGUGAAGUUAAUAACUGUACACCAGGUAGUAAUAAUCCAUUGGAGUGUUCAUUCGUUUUCAUUCAACAUGGUAAUUCAAUUGCCGCUCAAUAUCCAAAUCUAUCAAGUAGUGAAGCCAUUAAAUUAUAUUUAGAGAAUGAAAUCAAAAGAAUUGAAACCGAUGAAUAUGAUAAAGAAUUGGAAGAUUGUAUAAAAUAUGAAACUAAAAAACUCAUAAAAAGAAAACAAGAAAUUAAAAUUGAAGAAACAACUCUUGAAGAUUUUAAUAAGAAACAAAUUGAUAGUGAAAAAGAAAUUCAAGAUAAUUUAUCAUCAAUAAAAUUAAUUAAAGAUAAGAAAAAAAGUUUAGAAUUUGUAUUAUUAACUAAAAAUCUAAAGAAUUCUUUAUUGGUUGAAAAAAUUAUCAGUGGUUUAAGUUGUAAAAAUUUAAAUAAUGCAAAUAGUAAUUCAUCAAAUCAAUUAAAUAAUUUUAAUAUUAUAAUUAAUUCAAACUCAAUUUAUAAUAAUGGUUAUGGCAAUAAUGGUGGUAAUCAAAAUAAUAUUGAUAAUGAUAAUUUAUUAUUAACGUUCAAUGGUGGUGAUACUUCAGUCGAUAUAAGUGAUACCGAUAGUAUUUAUAGUAUGAAUGGUGCUAAUAGUAUUGGCUCCAGUGGUAUUAGAGGUUUGAGUGGAAGUUAUAAUUCAAUAAAUACAUCAUUUAAUUUAUCUACUUCUUCAGUUUCUUUAUCUUCAACUUUAAAUUCAACACCACCACAAACUAAUACCAAUUCACCUUCAAUUGGACCUCAAACAAAUCAAAAUCAAUUAACUCCAUUCUCAUCAAUACAUACAAUUAGUAAAGAAAAGAAUAUUUUUAAACAAUAUUUACAAACUCAUAAUCAAUAUCAAAAUUUUAUUAAAGAAAAAAGAUUAGAAAUUCAACAUCAACAACGUUUAUCAAAAUCAAUAAAUUGA